AUGGAGACCUCCCGCGGAAGCGAUGAUUCCCGCGAAAUAGUCGUUCAGGCAUCAAUUUUUAUGCCAGAUGCCGCCGAGUCUGGGGAUGAGUUGGAUGAAGAAAUCCCCGCCGUGAUGUUCAGCUGCCAGUACUGCGAGAAAUACUUUAAGACAAUGGAAGCAUACGAGAUUCACUCUCAGAUGCACGUAGACAGGAAUCUCAGGAAGUGUGACUACUGUGAAAAUUGGUAUCAUACUGAGGAUCAAUUGGAGAUUCAUCUGAGGGAUCAUCUGGACAUGAAACCUUUUUUCUGUCGCGUCUGUGGUGAUAGAUUUACAAAUGAACAUUGCCUGGAGCAUCAUUUGCAACUCCAUGGAGGCAUUAAGCUCUUCCGGUGCAUCUUCUGCUUUGAGAUGUUUAGUGUUCUUGAACUUCUCAAUGCCCAUCUUGUUCUGCAUGCCCCGCCCAGUGUCUACAAAUUCCAGAGAGCUGCCGAAGAAGCCCCAAAGGCUACCACAGCUCCAGAACCACAGAGAGAAUGCCAGAAAAUUCCUCCUAUACUCCCAGUGAUCUGUGAAGUGGAGCCCCCAUCACCUCCAGACACCACCGCCAAGAGACUAAUUUCAAAGCUCCCAAAAUUGAUGCCCAAGGAUCCACCCAGGAAGCCUGCAAAGGCUUCCGGAAUCUCCAAGACGGCAAAAAGUCCACCAAAAACAGCCAUUUCACCCACAAAAGAUCCCCCAAAUUCAUCUUCGAGGAGCUCCCCGACCACCUCCACUCCCGAACCUGCCAGGACGGUCCCCGGAGGACCCCAGGUGUCUCAGUGCAAAAAUUGUGGAGUAUGCUUCAGUUCCGGACGCAAAUUGCGGGUUCAUAUGCGUCAGAGUCGCCGCAAUAAGAGCAUGUGUCGGGCCAAAAGGUGA